AGAUAUAUGUGUGUGUGUGUGAUUUACAGGCGAGGUCCUUGUUGGUGUGGGCUUGGGAUGUAAACAAGCUAGAGUCCUCACCUCUCACUCAGGUGACUCGACCACCCUGAGUGAGGCUGAGCCUGCUGGUGCGGGCAGGCGCCUCCAACACACCACGCUUGGACGCAUCAGGCAGGACUCUUGAAACCACUGGUGGGGCUGCUCCUCCACCCAGCACUGGACGCCGCCCCAAUGCCCGCCUGCACUGGCUAGGCGUGACGGACCCGUGGUGCCCUACGCAGGCACACUCCAAAACGCCUGCUGCCAAGCAGCCCUCGCCACUACUCCCCCGCACUGCCUUCCUCCACUCACUUCCAUUGGCCAUCACCAGCACACCCUAGGGUGGCUCCCAAGACCCCGGCCUGGCCCUCAGCACACUAGCACACCAGUCUUCACAAGUGUCACCGCAGCCUGUCUGGCCCCAUCACAUCCCAUCAAGAACAGGAAGCUUGAGUCCUUUCCUCACCCAGUGGUCCCACUUUCUAACAUGACUUCCGUGGGCCCGGAGGAGGGGCAGGGCGACUCUCCUAUUGGCAAUCUUCUGUGUGGCUCUUGGGAGCUGGUUCAGCUCUGGUAUCCAUCACUGAUGCUCUCCAAAAUGUCAGCCAGCAACCCCCCCUCCCCCUUCGUGGUGCCCCUUCACAGCAGCAACCUCCCAGUAAACAGCUUAAGCUCACUGAUCCGGCUGAGAUGAUCUGCUGAUCUUGGAGUGCGAGAAAAUCCUAGAAAACCUGAGCUACUAUGAGGUGUCAAAGCUGCGACUAGUGUGCCGAAUAUGGGCUGAUGUGGGAGAGAUGAUCCUGGCAAAGAGGCGGCCACUCCACUACCUCACUAUCCACCCACAUUGCAUCCCAACCACACAUGGCAAGGUGGCUAUUGGGGAAGCAUCUCCUGCCAGCUUGUUGGAAGGGUUUUUCAUGCACAUCGUGAGCAAGCCAAGGUACUGCCUGGCCUUCUGCAAUGCCAACUGGCUCUACAGGACAGACAUCUUUGACCACACUGGCAGGACGGUUCCCAUCACCAUCACUGAAUACCUUCAUGAAAGACUGCCGCUGUCAUGUGACCUUGGGGUGGUAUCAGCAACCGGCAUCAUUGGGACAGUGGAGACAGCUUAUCAGGGGCACUGGCUGCAGUGUGCCCGGAACAUGAACCAGGAGAUACUCAACUUUCUGGAGGGCACAGACGACACAUCCCAGUGCAAACCCUCCAAGCGUGCACGGAAGGAGAAGGCAGAGGAGGUGGUGGGGGCUGGGGGGACGUGGGGCACAGGGGAGCAAGCCAAGAUAGCAGCAUCUGAGGCCUGGAGGUCCAAUGUUGGCUACAGCAUUGAGGUGGAGCAGAACAGUCCGGCCAUGGCAGACGCCGAUGCUCUCUCUCUCAUCAUCAUUCCUCAUCAUCCCGGUGUUACAGUGAAGUUUUUUGAUGUCUCGCCCCAAAAGUUCUAUUCAGAUUUUCGUGGAGACAGGAUUUCGUCCAACAAGCUAGUGAUAUCAGAGGAAGAAUUCAAUGAGCUGAUGUCCCUCUCUCCAUGUGACCGUCUUGCCUCCCUCCUCCUCUUUGACACCUGUUAUGAUGACAACUUCACUAACGGGUUUGUGAAGGCAGCUCUAAACAGAGAGGACUACAAAGUGGCCCUGGGUGGAGGUGUGGCCGAUGCGUUUCAGAGCGGCCGCACCAGCAAGUUCAUCCCCACCACAGACCACAUCUUUGGCAUGGCAGUGACAGGCCCCAACAUCAUGGCAGCCUCAGUGGUCAUCCCAGCUAGUGUAGACAACCCCAGGCACCUGGGACGCUACAUGCUGAGGCUCAAGUCGUGUGGUCUUCCUGAGAAGCAGAGCGUGGCUUUCAUGUUCACCUGCUGUGGGCGUGGCUAUGGCUCUUGGCUGCCAAUUCCAAAGUUCAGCUAUGAGAAUGUGGAGUCCAAGGCGUUCAGGAAGACAUUCCCCAACACACCAAUCUUUGGUUUCUUCGGGCGUGGGGAGAUCGGCAUCACACACCUGCCUAAGUUCCCCUCAACAGAUGGCAGUGCGGGGGAGAGAGCAGCGCCCAAGAAGAGGAGGAAGGCCUUCCACCAGUACUCCACCAUAAUUGUCCUUCUCUCCUUCCUAUGAUUUGUGUUCAGAGUUACAAAUGUUCCCCUUGUUUCCUUCCUUAUCAUGUUUUCCUAUUGUUUAUUUUGUAAAACAGAUGCAAGUGGACUCUCUCUCUUUCUCUCUCUCUCUCUCUCUCGGGUAUCUUUGUGUCUGUGGCAUAUUCGUUCUCUGACAUUAUCCACAGGAGUAGCAUUAGUGACAGUGCAUCAUUUAUUGUUAUUUUCUUCUUUUUGGAUGUGGUAGACUUGCUUUGUGUAUUUUGAUACUGUUCACGUGACUAUUACUACGAAAGAUGCUGUUAAUAUGACAUUUAUAUAAUUUAUCAAUACUUAUGACAUUUAUACUUUAUUAAUGUGUCACUUACAACUUUACAUUUCAAAGAGGCGGACACUUGCAGGAGAAGCAUCAUGUAUUUCAGGGGCCAGUCUGUGUUAUUCGUGGAAAAUGGAACGAAAAUUUGAUAUCAAGCUAAGCGUUAAUAAUGACAAUUCUGAAUUUACCGUUUAGUAACUCAGUGUGUAAUAAAUUGUACAUAAUGAGA